AUGGUAUUCGGACGUCGCAGAGAACCCUUGGCCAAUGCCACGAACUACCCUGUAGGGACCGGUGCAGCCGUGAAUGACCCCGUCAUGACAGACAACGAUCCUUAUCUCGCUGGUGGCAAGAGGCACAGUCUUUUUGGUGGCAGACGGAAUCGCAACUCUUUGACUAACCCCCCUCCUGCGGAUGCUGUGGGUAAUCCUGCCUACGGGGCUGGCCAGGGCACCGCGGCGAAUGACAACUACGGUGGUGCAUCUGGUACCGGCAUGGCCCGGAAUGGGAUGGGGACUGGGGCCGCUAUGGGUACCGGGGCAAGUAUGGCUGGCCCUCGCACCGAUCCCCAAACGGGUGUCACGAUCCCCGGCUCUGCUGGUGUUUCUGGCCCAACAACUACCGCAUCGGGUCAUCCCGUCACUCCUACUUCCUCCAACGCACGCUCCUUGCGCAAGUCUGGGAAGAUGGACUCCCUUAUGGGGACGCUCUUCUGUUCCCAGCGACUCAAGAUGGAAGGCGAAAUGAAGCAAGAGCAGGCGCAUGCGAUGGCCUACCAGGCAGCGGAACUGAAUGAGGCAAAUAGGCUGGAGGAAGAGGCAACCGCGAGGAGGGAGAGGGCAGUUGCGCAUGGGGCACAUCCCGCGCACGGAACGCUGGGUGGAGCUGAUCAGGGAGUGGGAAUGGGGAUGGCGGGAGGUGGACUGGGGACAGGCGCUGCUCCUGGUACUACUAGCUUUGGCAGGACCGGUAAUCUCGAGGAGCCAGGCAUGGCUGGUGUCGGGGCCUACGGAGUUGGGCCGGGCGGGUACCAACCUCUUGCUGCCCCAGGCGCCGGUAUGUCAGGUACUUUCGGUCAUGGGCCCAUGGGCACCACAGCUUAUGGCGAAACCGCGCCUGUAAACCGUGCGGUGUAG